AUGCGGACCAGGCUUCCCCCAGCGCUCGCCGCCCUGGGCGCGGCCCUGCUCCUGUCUUCCAUCGAGGCAGAAGUUGAACCACCUUCAGACUUGAAUUUUAAAAUUAUAGAUGAAAAUACUGUUCAUAUGUCAUGGGCAAUACCACCUGAUCCAAUUGUGGGUUUCAAAAUAACAGUGGACCCUACAACGGAUGGGCCCACUAAAGAAUUUACCCUUUCAGCUAGUACCACUGAAACUUUAUUAACAGAGCUUAUACCUGAAAUAGAGUAUGUGGUGACAAUCACUUCAUAUGAUGAAGUAGAAGAAAGUGUACCAGUUAUAGGCCAAUUAACAAUUCAAACAGGUGGCCCGACAAAGCCAGGGGAGAAGAAACCUGGAAAAACAGAGAUACAAAAAUGUUCUGUCAGUGCCUGGACCGAUUUAGUUUUCCUUGUGGAUGGCUCAUGGAGUGUGGGAAGAAACAAUUUCAAGUACAUCUUAGACUUCAUUGCUGCUCUCGUGUCUGCUUUUGACAUUGGGGAAGAGAAGACAAGGGUUGGAGUUGUUCAGUAUAGCUCUGACACGAGGACGGAAUUUAACUUAAAUCAGUACUACCAACAGGAAGACCUGCUCGCCGCAAUUAAAAAAAUCCCAUACAAAGGUGGCAACACAAUGACAGGGGAAGCCAUUGAUUACUUAAUUAAAAAUACGUUCAAGGAAUCUGCUGGGGCAAGAGUUGGCUUUCCCAAAGUGGCGAUUAUCAUUACAGAUGGCAAAUCCCAGGACGAAGUGGAAAUUCCAGCAAGAGAGCUUCGAAAUAUUGGGGUUGAAGUGUUCUCUUUGGGCAUCAAAGCUGCAGAUGCAAAAGAACUCAAACAAAUUGCCUCCACACCUUCUCUCAAUCAUGUUUUCAAUGUGGCCAACUUCGAUGCCAUUGUGGAUAUUCAGAAUGAGAUCAUCUCCCAGGUGUGCUCAGGUGUGGAUGAACAGCUCGGUGAACUGGUCAGCGGAGAAGAAGUUGUUGAACCUCCUUCAAAUUUGAUUGCCACGGAAGUCUCGUCAAAAUACGUUAAGCUAAGCUGGAGUCCAUCUCCUAGCGCAGUGACUGGCUAUAAAGUUCUCCUCAUACCCAUGACCACGGGAAGCCGGCAGCAUGCUCUGAGUGUGGGGCCUCAGACAACCACGCUCAGCGUCCGUGACCUCUCAGCAGACACAGAGUACCAGAUCAGUGUUUCUGCCAUGAAGGGGCUGACAUCCAGUGAACCUGUUUCAAUAAUGGAGAAGACUCAACCAAUGAAAGUUCAAGUGGAAUGUUCACGUGGUGUGGAUAUAAAAGCCGAUAUUGUGUUUUUGGUUGAUGGUUCCUAUAGCAUUGGGAUUGCAAACUUUGUUAAAGUUAGGGCCUUUUUGGAAGUUCUCGUAAAAAGUUUUGAGAUUUCACCAAAUAGGGUACAGAUAAGUCUUGUCCAGUACAGCCGGGAUCCUCAUACCGAAUUCACACUGAAAAAAUUCACCAAAGUUGAAGAUAUAAUUGAAGCAAUAAACACUUUCCCCUACCGAGGAGGGUCUACCAACACUGGGAAAGCAAUGACUUAUGUAAGAGAGAAAAUAUUUGUGCCGAGCAAGGGUUCAAGAAGCAAUGUCCCAAAGGUCAUGAUUCUUAUCACAGAUGGAAAAUCUUCAGAUGCUUUCAGAGACCCGGCUAUAAAACUGAGGAAUUCAGAUGUUGAAAUCUUUGCUGUUGGUGUGAAGGAUGCUGUUCGCUCAGAACUAGAAGCCAUUGCCUCUCCUCCUGCUGAGACCCAUGUGUUCACAGUGGAAGAUUUUGAUGCUUUUCAGAGGAUAUCUUUUGAACUCACACAGUCUAUCUGCCUUAGAAUUGAGCAAGAAUUGGCAGCCAUAAAGAAAAAAGCUUAUGUGCCUCCAAAGGAUAUUAAUUUUUCUGAGGUGACUUCCAACAGUUUGAAAACCAGCUGGUCUCCUGCUGGAGAAAACGUUUUUUCGUACCACAUCACCUACAAAGAAGCUACUGGGGAUGAUGAAGUGACGUUGGUGGAGCCGGCUUCGAGCACCAGUGUGGUCCUCAGCAACUUGAAACCAGAGACCCUGUACCUUGUCAAUGUGACCGCAGAGUAUGAGGAUGGCUUCAGUAUCCCCUUAGCUGGAGAGGAGACCACCGCAGAAGUGAAAGGAGCACCUCGAAACCUAAAGGUGACAGAUGAGACUACGGAUAGCUUUAAAAUUACCUGGACUCAAGCUCCAGGGAGAGUCUUAAGGUACCGAAUUAUUUAUAGACCUGUUGCUGGUGGAGAAAGCAAAGAAGUUACCACUCCAGCCAAUCAGAGGAGGAGAACGCUGGAGAACCUGACUCCAGACACAAAAUAUGAAGUAUCUGUAAUUCCUGAAUAUUUCUCAGGACCCGGGUCUCCGUUGACUGGAAAUGCAGCCACUGAAGAAGUUAGAGGGAAGCCGAGGGAUUUACGAGUUUCUGACCCUACGACAUCAACGAUGAAACUGGCUUGGACGGGGGCACCAGGAAAGGUGAAACAGUAUCUCAUCACAUACACUCCAGUGGCAGGAGGUGACACUCAGGAGGUCACUGUGAAGGGAGACUCAGCAAGUACCGUCCUGAGAGGGUUAAACGAAGGGACGCCGUAUGCCUUGUCUGUGACAGCCUUGUAUGCCUCUGGAGCUGGAGAUGCCCUUUUUGGAGAAGGAACAACACUUGAAGAGCGUGGUUCACCUGGAGAUUUGAUUACUAAAGAUAUCACGGACACAUCGAUUGGGGCUUAUUGGACGUCAGCUCCAGGAAUGGUUCGCGGUUACAGGGUCUCUUGGCAAUCACUUUAUGAUGAUAUAGAGGCUGGAGAAAAGAGUCUUCCUGCAGAUGUAAUUCAUACUGUGAUAGAAAACCUGCAGCCAGAGACCAAAUACAGAGUUUCCGUAUUUGCAACUUACAGCAGUGGAGAAGGGGAACCCUUGAGUGGAGAAGCCAUAACUGAAUUGUCUGAAGACUCGAAAACCUUGAAAGUGGAUGAAGAAACGGAAAACACAAUGAGAGUUACCUGGAAACCGGCCCCUGGGAAGGUUGUCAACUACCGUGUUGUGUAUCGCCCCCGCGGGGGUGGGAGACAGAUGGUUGCUAAAGUGUCACCCACAGUCACCUCAACGGUGCUAAAGCGACUUCAGCCCCAGACCACGUAUGACAUCACCGUUCUCCCAGUUUACAAGACAGGAGAAGGAAAGCUAAGGCAAGGAUCAGGAACAACAGCUUCUCGAUUUAAAUCACCCAGAAACCUCAAAACAUCUGAUCCAACCAUGUCAAGCUUCCGGGUGACUUGGGAGCCCGCACCUGGUGAAGUCAAGGGUUACAAGGUCACGUUUCACCCCACGGGAGAUGACAGAAGGCUGGGGGAGUUAGUGGUUGGACCGUAUGACAACACAGUUGUUCUAGAGGAACUUAGGGCAGGUACCACCUAUAAAGUAAAUGUUUUUGGAAUGUUUGAUGGAGGAGAAAGUUCACCACUUGUUGGACAAGAAAUGACAACUCUCUCUGACACAACUGUUAUGCCAAUUUUAUCCUCUGGGAUGGAGUGUCUCACCCGGGCGGAGGCAGACAUCGUGCUGCUGGUGGACGGAUCCUGGAGCAUCGGCCGGGCCAACUUCAGAACCGUCAGGAGCUUCAUUUCCCGCAUCGUGGAAGUCUUUGAGAUUGGCCCCAAAAGAGUACAGAUUGCCCUCGCUCAGUACAGUGGGGACCCCAGGACAGAGUGGCAGUUAAAUGCUCACAAAGACAAGAAGAGCCUGCUGCAGGCCGUGGCGAACCUGCCUUACAAGGGAGGCAACACCCUCACAGGGAUGGCCUUGAAUUUCAUUCGCCAGCAGAGCUUCAAGGCCCAAGCUGGCAUGAGACCUCGAGCUCGAAAAAUCGGUGUUCUUAUCACUGAUGGAAAAUCCCAGGAUGAUGUUGAGGCACCUUCCAAAAAACUCAAGGAUGAAGGCGUGGAACUGUUCGCUGUUGGUAUUAAAAAUGCUGAUGAAGUUGAGUUAAAGAUGAUUGCAACAGAUCCUGAUGAUAUCCACGCAUACAACGUGGCGGAUUUUGAGUCACUCUCUAGGAUUGUGGAUGACCUCACCAACAACUUGUGUAACAGUGUCAAAGGUCCAGGUGACUUGGAAGCACCUUCCAACCUGGUUCUUUCUGAGCGGACCCAUCGUUCUAUGAGAGUGAGCUGGACCCCUCCUUCUGACAGCGUGGACAGGUACAAGGUGGAAUACUACCCAGUGUCAGGAGGGAAACGGCAAGAAUUUUAUGUGAGCCGAUUGGAAAGGAGCACGGUCCUGAAAGAUCUGAAGCCUGAAACUGAAUACGUUGUCAAUGUAUAUUCUGUAGUGGAAGACGAAUACAGUGAGCCUCUGAAGGGCACAGAAAAAACAUUGCCAGUGCCUGUGGUCAGCCUGAACAUUUACGACAUUGGCUCAACCACCAUGCACGUGCAGUGGCAGCCAGUCGGGGGCGCUACUGGCUACACCGUGACCUACGAACCCAUCAAUGCCACAGUUCCGACCAAGCCCAAAGAGAUGCGCGUGGAGCCUACAGUGAAUGACGUGCAGCUAAGUGACCUCUUCCCAAACACCGAGUAUGCGGUUACAGUCCAGGCGGUCCUGCAUGACCUCACCAGCGAGCCCGUCACAGCAAGGGAAGUCACCUUGCCUCUGCCCAGUCCUCGAGACCUGAAACUCAGAGACGUGACUCAUAGCACCAUGAACGUCCUAUGGGAACCCGCGCCUGGAAAAGUGCGUAAAUACAUAGUUCGCUACAAAACCCCAGAAGAGGAAGCCAAAGAGGUAGAGGUGGACAGGUCACGGGCCAGCACGCCGCUUAAAGACCUCUUCUCACAAACCCUGUACACAGUCAGCGUGUCUGCCGUAUACGAAGAGGGGGAGUCUCCCCCAGUGACUGCGCAAGAAACCACCCACACCGUGCCAGCCCCAACAAACUUACAGAUUACUGAAGUAACACCAGAGAGUUUCAGAGGGACUUGGGAUCAUGGAGCUUCUGAUGUGUCUCUCUAUAGAAUCACCUGGGCGCCUUCAGGAAGUGCAGAUAAGAUGGAGACCAUCCUAAAUGGAGAUGAGAAUACUCUGGUGUUUCAAAACCUGAACCCCAACACUCUCUAUGAAGUUUCUGUUACCGCCAUUUAUCCUGAUGAGUCAGAAAGCGAUGACCUGAUUGGCAGUGAGCGUACACAGCGUUUGAUACCCUUAACAACACAAGCUCCAAAGAGUGGCCCACGAAACCUUCAGGUGUACAAUGCAACAUCUAACAGCUUGACUGUUAAGUGGGAUCCUGCAAGUGGUCGUGUGCAGAAAUACAGAAUCACCUACCAGCCUUCAACAGGGGAAGGCAAUGAACAAACGACCACGAUAGGAGGACGGCAGAACAGUGUGCUCCUGCAGAAGCUGAAGCCUGACACUCCUUACACCAUCACCGUGUCCUCCCUGUAUCCGGAUGGCGAAGGUGGUCGCAUGACAGGAAGAGGCAAGACCAAACCUUUGAAUACCGUGAGGAACCUCAGAGUGUAUGACCCUUCCACCAGCAGUUUGAACGUUCGCUGGGACCACGCCGAGGGCAAUCCUCGCCAGUACAAGCUCUUCUAUGCACCCACAGCAGGGGGGCCGGAGGAACUGGUACCAAUCCCUGGGAAUACCAAUUAUGCCAUUCUUAGGAAUCUGCAGCCAGAUACCCAAUACACCGUUACAGUGGUGCCUGUUUAUUCUGAGGGUGAUGGAGGACGCACAUCAGAUACUGGAAGGACCUUGGUGAGAGGGCUGGCGAGAAAUGUCCAAGUGUACAAUCCAACACCAAACAACCUGGACGUUCGUUGGGACUCGGCACCUGGACCAGUUCAGCAGUAUCGCAUUGUGUAUUCACCUCAGGAUGGUACAAGACCCUCCGAAUCUAUUGUGGUGCCAGGAAAUACCCACACGGUGCACUUGGAGCAGCUGAUUCCGGACACACCCUAUUCUGUGAACAUCGUGGCGCUCUACUCGGAUGCAGAAGGGGAUCCCAGCCCUGGCCAGGGCCGCACAUUACCACGAAGUGGACCAAGAAACCUCAGAGUCUUUGGGGAGACCACCAACAGCCUCUCAGUAGCCUGGGAUCACGCUGAUGGGCCAGUUCAACAAUACAGGAUCAUUUAUUCUCCCACUGUUGGUGACCCGAUUGAUGAAUAUACCACUGUCCCAGGCAGAAGAAACAACGUAAUUCUCCAGCCCCUGCAGCCAGAUACCCCCUAUAAAAUUACCAUUAUUCCCGUUUAUGAAGAUGGAGAUGGUUCCCAUUUGACAGGAAAUGGAAGAACUGUGGGAUUACUUCCUCCUCAGAACAUACACAUCUCUGAUGAGUGGUAUACCAGAUUCAGGGUGUCCUGGGAUCCUUCACCCUCUCCUGUUCUUGGAUAUAAAAUUGUGUAUAAGCCAGCAGGUUCCAAUGAGCCCAUGGAAGUCUUUGUUGGAGAAGUGACAUCGUACACGUUACACAAUCUCAACCCCAGCACCACCUAUGACGUGAAUGUCUAUGCUCAGUAUGAUUCUGGACUCAGUGUUCCUCUGACCGACCAAGGCACGACAUUAUAUUUGAAUGUGACAGAUCUGAAAACUUACCAAGUCGGGUGGGAUACAUUCUGUGUCAGAUGGUUGGCUCAUCGAGCAGCUACUUCCUACAGACUAAAACUAAGCCCCGCAGAUGGAACCAGAGGGCAGGAAAUCACAGUGCGUGGAUCAGAAACCAGUCACUGCUUCACUGACCUGUCACCAGAAACUGAUUACAGCGUCACCGUCUUCGUGCAAACACCAAAUCUUGAGGGACCAGGUGUCUCGGUCAAAGAACGUACUACCUUAAAACCAACAGAAGCCCCUACAGAGCCACCCACACCCCCUCCUCCUCCUACAAUUCCACCAGCCCGGGAAGUGUGCAAAGGGGCCAAAGCAGAUAUUGUAUUCUUGACCGAUGCUUCCUGGAGUAUUGGGGAUGAUAAUUUUAACAAAGUUGUAAAAUUCAUCUUCAAUACCGUGGGAGGCUUUGAUGAAAUCAGUCCUGCUGGAAUUCAGGUCUCAUUUGUGCAGUACAGUGAUGAGGUCAAAUCUGAGUUUAAGCUGAACACAUACAACGACAAGGCCCUGGCCCUAGGGGCUCUCCAGAAUAUUCGGUACAGAGGAGGAAAUACAAGAACAGGCAAGGCUCUGACCUUUAUCAAGGAGAAGGUGUUGACCUGGGAGAGCGGCAUGAGGAAGAAUGUCCCCAAAGUGCUGGUUGUGGUCACGGAUGGUCGGUCGCAGGAUGAGGUCAAGAAGGCAGCUUUGGUCAUCCAGCAGUCAGGGUUCAGUGUCUUUGUAGUUGGUGUGGCUGAUGUUGACUACAAUGAACUUGCCAACAUAGCCAGCAAACCAAGCGAGCGGCACGUGUUCAUUGUGGAUGACUUUGAAUCUUUUGAGAAGAUAGAGGACAACCUCAUCACAUUUGUGUGUGAAACUGCCACUUCAAGUUGUCCUCUCAUUUAUUUGGACGGCUACACCUCGCCAGGUUUUAAGAUGCUUGAGGCAUACAAUCUGACAGAAAAGAAUUUUGCUUCUGUGCAAGGGGUCUCCCUGGAAUCCGGCUCUUUCCCCAGCCACUCGUCUUACAGGCUCCAGAAGAACGCCUUUGUGAGCCAGCCUACAGUAGAACUACAUCCCAAUGGACUCCCUCCUUCAUAUACAAUUAUAUUACUAUUCAGACUCCUCCCAGAAACUCCCAGCGACCCUUUUGCAAUUUGGCAAAUCACAGACAGAGACUAUAAACCACAAGUUGGGGUGAUUGCAGAUCCUUCUAGCAAGACAUUAUCAUUCUUUAACAAGGAUACAAGAGGUGAGGUGCAGACUGUUACAUUUGACACAGAUGAAGUGAAGGCAUUAUUUUAUGGAAGUUUCCAUAAGGUUCAUAUCGUAGUGACCUCGAAAAGUGUUAAGAUUUACAUCGACUGCUAUGAGAUUGUAGAGAAGGAUAUCAAGGAAGCUGGAAAUAUUACCACUGAUGGUUAUGAAAUUCUUGGAAAACUGCUUAAAGGGGAGAGGAAGUCAGCCACAUUCCAAAUCCAGAAUUUUGAUAUUGUCUGCAGUCCGGUGUGGACCAGUAGAGACAGAUGCUGUGAUAUUCCCUCCAGAAGAGAUGAAGCAAAAUGCCCAGCUCUUCCGAAUGCUUGCACAUGUACACAGGACAGUGUUGGACCUCCGGGACCCCCCGGCCCUGCAGGAGGACCUGGUGCUAAAGGUCCGAGAGGUGAAAGAGGUGUCAGCGGGGCAGUUGGGCCGCCCGGUCCUCGUGGAGAUACAGGUCCUCCUGGUCCCCAGGGUCCUCCAGGCCCUCAGGGACCCAACGGCCUCUCUAUUCCCGGUGAACAAGGUCGCCAGGGAAUGAAGGGCGAUGCCGGAGAGCCAGGACUUCCAGGCCGGACUGGAACUCCAGGAUUACCUGGCCCACCAGGACCAAUGGGCCCUCCAGGAGACAGAGGCUUUACUGGAAAAGAUGGAGCAAUGGGACCCAGGGGUCCUCCUGGGCCACCGGGAAGCCCAGGCUCUCCAGGAGUCACAGGACCAAGUGGGAAGCCAGGAAAGCCAGGAGAUCACGGCAGACCAGGUCCAUCAGGAUUGAAAGGAGAGAAAGGCGAUAGAGGAGACAUCGCUUCCCAGAACAUGAUGCGAGCAGUUGCAAGACAAGUCUGUGAACAAUUGAUAAGUGGUCAGAUGAACAGAUUCAAUCAGAUGCUGAACCAGAUUCCAAACGAUUACCACUCUAGUCGCAACCAGCCAGGCCCUCCAGGGCCCCCAGGUCCCCCCGGCAGCGCAGGAGCCAGAGGAGAACCAGGACCUGGGGGGCGGCCCGGCUUCCCAGGCACACCAGGGAUGCAGGGGCCCCCGGGGGAACGAGGUUUGCCGGGAGAGAAAGGUGAAAGGGGUACUGGAUCUCCAGGACCUCGAGGGCUGCCUGGCCCCCCAGGUCCACAAGGAGAAUCAAGAACUGGUCCACCAGGGUCCACAGGUUCCAGAGGUCCUCCAGGUCCUCCUGGUCGUCCUGGAAACUCAGGUAUCCGAGGCCCCCCAGGUCCUCCUGGAUACUGUGACUCAUCCCAAUGUGCCAGCAUCCCAUACAACGGCCAAGGCUAUCCAGAGCCCUACGUGCCCGAGGGCGGGGCCUACUUGCCCGAGCGCGAGCCCUUCAUCGUGCCGGUGGAGCCCGAGCGGACCGCGGACGACUAUGAGGACUACGGCGCCGACGAGCCCGCAGGCGAGCACCCUCCCCACGCGCGCUGGCGGCGCGCCCUGCCCCACCGCCCCCGGCAGUGA